UGAUUAGUUUGAUAAAGUGAUCAUUAUUAAUCUAAUAAUAUUCCUAAUCCCACUUGUUCUAUACUAAUCAGUCAUGAUUAGCUCAAUUAAAAUUCUUCCAUCCUGAUAAAACUUUAUUCUAUAGUCCAUUGCAUUUGCAACCCAUUAACCUUCUCCACCUGGAAAUGUUUCUUUAAUGACUUCUUCAUGGCACUUUGGAGAAAAAGGUUUGUGUAUAAAAAUACUUGGAGAUUUCAGAUAUUUCCAUAUGAAAAAACUCUUUAGCUUUGGCGUCUAUUCAUGAUACUUGUGUAGUGUAGUGAAGUGGGUUUGUGUUAUAUUGAUGUGAUCUCUCUUUCUCUCUCUUUUUCUCUAAUCAAAAGUUAAUUAUGAGAUAGGUUUUCUCCUGAUGCUAGUUCUGUCCCUUUCUAAGUGAUUUUACAUCGACCAACUAUCUUUCUUCAUUGUAGUGUAUAUAUUUAUGCACCUCUCCCUCUUAUUUGCUUACCCCCAAAAAUCAUAUUACUGGUUUAAUUUGCUUUCUGAAUCCUCUUGCUUUCCUCUUUGCUUGUUCAUUUGGGGGGAUGGUCAUAAAAGUUCCAAACUCUAGAGCUCAAACCGAUAAGGGUCUUUUGUCUGUGGUUGCUUUAUUUGGUUUCUUAAUUUAAAAAAAAAGGGCAAAAGAACAUGAUAGUUGCUAACAGCCGGUAGUUGCAGAUGCAGUAUCAUUAAGAUUCACAAGAGAUGUGGUUUCCCUUUGUUUGGGCUCGUUUCGAAUGGGAAUCUUGAUGAUGCUGCAUCAGCAAAUACAUGGCUACUCUUCUCAACUUUUAUUUCCUUCUCCAAUGAUGAAAGCAAAGAUGUCUUGGCAAUGAUUUUACAAAGGAAGCGAAAGCAGAAGGUAAAGUCUCUUUUCUUGUUUCUACUGUUGACAAAUUCUUGAUCACACGCAUGUUGUCGAGCUUUCUUUCUUGCUUUUGUUAUUAGCAAAACCAUUCACGUGUAGAGCUUUCAAAAGGAUCCCACAUCUAUACUAUUAAAGCAUGAUACUAUUGUGUUUUUUACUAAAAAUACCAUUUUCUUUACUAACAUUCAUAUUUCAUUAAGGAUAAUCAAGUAAUAUUAAUAACACAUCUAUAUUGGGUCUUUUUUUCUUAUCCAGCCAACUGUCCACAUCAUAUCUCUCUUGGGCUAUUUGGGCCGAUUAAGAAAUCAGAUCCAAUUCUUAUUUUUUCUUCAAGUUCAAAUAAUUUCUUUUCAACAAUUCUUAAUAUUUUGUGUAGUGAACAAAAAUUAAUCACUUAAUUAUUAUGUUUUUUCUUUUUUUUAAUAUAAUUUAAGCAUUCAUAAAAAAAUUGAAUUUUUCAUUGAAAAGUAUAAAUCUUUACUAAAAGUAUAUAAUUUUUAUUAAAAAAAUUAACCGCAUAAUAAAAUUAAUUUAUAGAAAUAUACCAACUUAAUUCAUUAAAAUAAAGUUUAAUUUUCUAAACAUAAAUACUCAUUAGACCUGGAUGUUCGGGUACCUAUUCGGGUACGGGUCAGUUCUUUCGGGUAUCGGGUUUUUCGGGUUUUGAAAUUAAACCCCAUUCGAAUAUUAUAAAAUGUUGGGUCGGGUUCGGGUAGGAUCUUUCCGGGAUUGGGUGGGUUCGGUUCUCAUGCAUGAGAACCUGAAAAAUAACCAAAUAACCAAAGUAUCUAAAACGGGUUCGGUUAUUUGUACUCAAAGUAACCAAAGUAUCCGGUUCGGUUCAAAUUUUUGUAUCCAAAUUACUCAAAAGUAACCAAAAGUGACCAGAAAUAUCCAUACUAUACAGUUUUUUGGGUAAACUUUUAUCCAAACUAUCAUAUUUUAUCCAAAAAUACCCAAAAGUAUCGAAAAUAACUACUAUAGUUAACUUAUAAUAUUAACUUAAAAUAUUAAAAUAAUUAUAAAUAUAAUUAUAACAUAUAUUUUUAGAUAUAUAUUCACAUUUCGGAAAUCUUCGGGUACUCAUUCGGUUCUUGGUUCGGGUCGGGUUCAGGACCGAUUCUUCGGAUAUAGCAAUUUAGAACUCUUUCGAAUAUUUAUCCCGAGUCUGAUUGGGUUUGGAACCCUGGUUUUCGGGUUGGUUUUUCGGGUCUGGAUAUUGUGCUCAGACCUAUACUCAUUUAAAAUGAAAUACGAUAAAAAAAUAAAAAGCUUAAAUCUUUUAUAAAAAAUAAAUAUAUGAAAAUAUGAUAUUUACUAAAUAUUUGUCAAUAUAAAAAAAAUAAAAAAAAAUAAACUCGCGCUUUGAAAACGCGGAUCAAAAUCUAGUAUACUUUAAAAGACCAAACAAAAUCGUGACGAUUAUAUUUGUACACAUUAAAUAUUUUAAUAAGUAGGACUUUGAUACGUUUCUAAGAUGAAUAUGAACAGUGAGACCUCAGAAGUUAGAAGUCUCUUUGUGGUUAUGGGUUUUGGGAACUCACAUGGUCACAUGUGUUAGUGGUCCAUUAAGUGUUCUUUGGUCAAUUCGUUGCCUAUGGUCCCAAGUUAUAUCGUGUAUUUAUAGUUUCUUUGACCCGAAUAAGAAAAAAUACUAUUUUCCACAUGGAUCAUAUGAAUCUCGAGGCAUAGUUUCCUUCCAAAAACAAAUUAGAAAAAAGUAUAAUGAAUUUUCAGAGUUUACAUUAAAUUUUUUUGACUGAAAGAGUUUACAUAAAUUGGUGGGUUUAAUCGUAAAAAUUAAAAUUUAACUUGAUGUUUGUUUUACAUAUCUAUAAGGUAUUUGUUGGUGAUUUUUCUUUAGCUAGAUUGUUUCGAAAACCCUAACUUCGAAACAAUUAUUUAAUCCGAUAUUUGUAAGCUUUUGAAUAAGUAAUUAACGACGACAAAAAGUGUGUAAUGACGUCGAUAACGAAUACUAGAAUAAGUCUCUGUGCUUGGUAAUUUUAUAUGAAGAUCUAGCACGAUAAACCACAAUAUCGAUUAAUUAAUGACAUGUUAACUGUGUCUGUGGAGAGAAACGUAUAAUAUAUUUGAAUUUAUAUCGAAACUCAUUUUUUCUUGUUUUUAUUCUUGGCAUGAAAAAGAUUAGGUGAUGAAUGAUAGUCUAGAUCACUUUUUCUUGUUUUUAAUCAUUAUUUUUGCAUAAAUUUUGUUCAGUUAAAAUAAGUAUAAUUGUAACGCCCCGACCGCCCACGGCUAAUGGGCCACCCACGCCCGCUCUCUCGGCCCGUGGGCCCCAUCCCAUCCGACGGUCGGUCGUUAAUUUUCUAAGGCUCAGAAUCAUUGUUUACUGACCCUACAAUCACCACCCGACCUUUCCCCGUGCUUUGGCCUCACUUACACGCUAUCGCGAAUCACUUCCCGAUAGGUCACCCAUCCUUCCACUACUCCAGCUCAAGCACGCUUAACUCUGGAGUUCUUUCAGGAUGUGCUCCGGAAAAGGUAAGUCAACUUUGGUGACAUAGGUAGUCAAAUCAAUUCUCUUAAGCCUUUUCACAUAUCACAACUCGGGAUGUUACAAUUCACCCCCUCUCAAAGAACGCAACGCCCUCGUUGCGUCCCACGACAGGUCUCAAGACGCCUCUCAGAUCAGAACUGAGACGGCUAACCAGCUCUGAUACCACUUGUAACGCCCCGACCGCCCACGGCUAAUGGGCCACCCACGCCCGCUCUCUCGGCCCGUGGGCCCCAUCCCAUCCGACGGUCGGUCGUUAAUUUUCUAAGGCUCAGAAUCAUUGUUUACUGACCCUACAAUCACCACCCGACCUUUCCCCGUGCUUUGGCCUCACUUACACGCUAUCGCGAAUCACUUCCCGAUAGGUCACCCAUCCUUCCACUACUCCAGCUCAAGCACGCUUAACUCUGGAGUUCUUUCAGGAUGUGCUCUGGAAAAGGUAAGUCAACUUUGGUGACAUAGGUAGCCAAAUCAAUUCUCUUAAGCCUUUUCACAUAUCACAACUCGGGAUGUUACAAUAAUGCUCGACCACCAUCUCGUUAUCAUCUAGUAGCAGCACACAUGUGAUGACUUAUAUAUUUGUCCGUUUUCUUUGUAACUCUCUUCAAUUAAUUUUACCAAAAGAAAAAAAACUCUCUUCAAUUAACGUAAUAUGAAGAUGUAAAUCUAAAACUCUGCGUGCCUGAACGUACUUCAAUGUGGUUUGUCUACAAACAUGUCUCAAGAUUAAUAACUAAAAUACAAUAUUCAAUAUAAGAAAAGCAUAUUAUUAAAAUAUAUGUGUAUGUAUACAUUUCUCUAUACUAUUAUAACUUAUAAGAAGCGUCUUAAAAGCUUUGACCUAUUUCAUUCCAAGCUCUCUAUCAUUUCUUAGCUCUUAUCUAUAAACAUCAAACACACGCACGCACAUUCUAUAUUGGUGCAGCCCUAUAUAUAGAGUUAGAUCAAAAGAACCGAGAAUAUACACUCUUGAUCAAUGGAUGAUGAAAAGUUAUGGAGAGUUUCCAAGAAAGAUUCCAUCUUCGAAACGACUCAUUUCUCUUCAAAACCCGACGUUUUCACACGAAGCUUCUCAACAAAAACUUCUUCUUCAUCUUCAAAACCCAUCUUGACAAGAAGUUUCACAACAAAACCUACUUCGUAUCCUUCCUCGGAACCCAUCUUUAGACGGAGUUUCUCUGCUAAACCCACUUCUUCAAAAUCUCCGUUUCUGUCAAGAAGUGGUUCCACUAAAUGCCAAGCUAACACAUCUUCCACGAAGUGUUCCAUCUCUCGCAGCUUGUCUCAUAAAGGCGCUUCCGUGACCCGAAAGUGUCGUGAUGUGGCGAAGGAGCACAAGUCUCGGUUCUACAUCAUGAAGCGCUGCAUUUUGAUGCUCGUUUGUUGGCACAAACACGCCUAAGAUUCACUAUAGACGUGAAAGAAGAUUUUGUUAAUUAUUUACAGUGUAUUUAAUUACUGGUUUUAUCUUUUCAUCUUUUCACUCAUCCAUUAUUGUUAUUUUAUAUAUUUUGUAUUAAUAUACACUUCAUCUGUUUCAAGCAGUUUGGUUUCAAGUUAAAAUGUAUUUUUUUUUUUUUUUACUUUACAGAAGUGUUGUGAUAUAUUUUUAGUAAAUUUGAAGAGAAUACAAGUUUUGCUAUGAAACGUA